AUGCCCGGUAUGCCAAAUGUUUCACCUCCUCGUUGUCUUCCCACAACCUACAGCAAUGAUGAGAUGAUCAGGAUUGUGAUGGUGGGGAAGACUGGAGUUGGGAAGAGUGCCACAGGAAACACCAUUCUGGGACAAAACUGCUUUAAAUCUGUGACCACAAUGUGUAAAAAGGUCUUUGGAGAGGUGGAUGGACAAAAGGUUGCUGUUAUCGACACUCCAGAUCUGUUUGACACCAAGAACACUGAAGAGAAAACAGUUAAAGACCUUAGCCAGAGCGUUUCUUUUGCUUCUCCUGGACCUCAUAUCUUCCUGAUCGUCAUCAGACUGGACAGAUUCACAGAGGAAGAAAAACAAACAGUGCAGGAGAUUCAUAAAAUCUUUGGUGAGGAAGCCGACAAAUACAGCAUGGUUCUCUUUACCCAUGGUGACAAGCUCAAAGGGAAAUCUAUCGAAGAAUUCUUAUUGAACAGCAAAGAUCUGAAGGAACUUGUGGGCAAAUGUAACGGCCAGUACCACCUGUUCAAUAAUGAGGUGGAGGAUCGUUCUCAGGUCAGCGAGCUGCUCGAGAAGAUCAGAAAUAUAAAUAAACACAAUGGAGGAAGCUACUACACCACUGAAAUGUUCCAAAACACAGAGAGAGCGAUUGAAGAGGCGAAACAAUGCAUCCUGAAAGAGAAAGAAGAGGAACAGCACAAGCAGAUGGAGAAAAUUAUCCGUGAAUUGAAUGAAAAGAAGUCGACCACAUUGCGUGGCGUGCACCCAUUUAUUCACAGAGUCAUGAAACCUGCCAUGUACAAUACUACAUCUGCCCCAAAGUUUGCUUAA